AUGGUCCUCCGGUGGUCCGCUUUCUAUCUCCUAGUCGGAGCUGUUAUUUCUCAAGAAUAUCCGUUGUACUUGCGGCCUUCAUAUCCAAUGGCUUAUCCCGGUGCGUAUCCCGGUGCGUAUCCCGGUGCGUAUCCGAGUGCCUCUGUAGUUGGAAGAUUGAGUUGUAUGGACACGUGUAUGCCCUCUUGCUUGCCCACUUGUCUACGAGCACAGGAAAUUGCUGUAACUGGAGUUGUAGCGUCAGCACCGAUUGCAGCUCCAGUUCCAGCCGUUCCUCUUCCAGCCUCUCCAGCUCCCAUUCAAACAAUUCUUCCACAAUCAGCCGUUCCUUUGUCUCCCGUAGCUGCUCAGGUUCCUUAUCAAUUGCCUGGCCAAUACUUUGUGCCCGUUGCACCUCCACCACCUACACCAGUCGUCUAUGCACCCACCUGCCUUCCACUCUGUCAGCCGGCUUGUCUCCCGGCUUGCACAGAGUCCACCACCACUCCAGCACCCACAGCACCCACCGUUGCACCAACUUACGCACCAACCACUCAGACUACUACCACAACCACUACAACCACUACCACUACUUUUACAACCACCACUACCACCACCACAACAACAACAACCACUACCACUUUCCCGAUUACUGUAACCAUCCCCUAUGAAACCCCAACCACUCAACAAUGUAUCCCCCAAUGUAUGCCCCAAUGCCAACCUCAGUGCAUUCAAUUCACACAGGCUCCCACUCAAUGUGUUCCCUCUUGUAUGCCCCAAUGCCAACCCCAAUGCACCAAUCCGACCACCUAUCCGACCACCUAUGCCCCAACUCAACCACAAUGUGUUCCACAAUGUAUGCCAAUGUGUCAACCACAGUGCAUUCAAGUGACUGAUUUGCCCACUCCACCCCCGGAGACUUACCAAACGGCUCCGCCACUUCCUCCUAGUACCUAUGCCCCGAUCACUUAUGCCCCUCAAAAUCCCCCCUGCAAUUCUCCAUCUUGCAAUUCUAUUACCUCAUCCGAGACUUUCCCCUCAAAUGCUAUCAUUAUCCGUGUCACUUGUCAAUCUCUGCCAUGCCCUUGUCCGGCUGGCUUCGUGCGCUGUGCCACGAAUCGUUGCUGUAACAAGAAGAAACUUCGAUUUUUGCAA